AUGAACGGCAAACCACAGUGGUCAAAGCGGAAGAGUUCUUUGGGUUGGUACGAAAACUGCGAAUUCUUACGCCACAAAGCAAGAGAACAGAACGACCAAUUGAAGGAGGAUCUCUGUGAAAAUGUGAAAUCACGCGUUUUGCAGCACCUUUUCCAUAUGGAAUUAAUGGAUUGGAGCCGUGUCCCUCGUGCCCAACAGUUUAUAAAAAUUGCUCUGCCGUUAACUUCGCCAAAACAUUCGUACUACAUUUUUUGUGCCUGCCAAAUAUUUUCGGUCAUUAUUGUCUUUCGGUUAUGUAUACGCUCUAUGGUAUUUGCUAGUGAAUACGCUGUCAUCUGUAUCCGAGCUUUUCUACCAGGAGCAUUUGUACAUGCUUGGAUUUAUUUUUCUCCGAUUGUGUAUGAGCUCAACCAAUGA